AUGCCACCAGAUAGUGAACGCAGUAGCGGAGAUAAGAUGACGCAGGCCCCUGAUUCCCAAGAAAAGCACCAGGAGCCAAUCAUUAGUUGUAUGUUGGUUGGAGAUGGUGCCGUGGGGAAAACAAGCAUGAUUAUAAGUUACAUCUCAAAUGGAUACCCAAACGAAUACCGUCAGACGGCCUUUGAUGUCUUCACCGGUGAGUUACAUCUUUUGCAUCCUUUACCUACCAUACAGUGGCAGUAAUUUGGGCGAGCGAAAGAGGGUUUGAGACUGCAUGUGAUGAAAUGUGCUCUAUCCUACAGGAUUGGUUCGAGUAGAUGGGAUUCCAGUACGAAUCCAGUUGAUGGACACUGCAGGACAGGUAACUAGGCCAAUUUAUUUUUUUACAUCAAUAAUGCAUGAGUAUGCCUACCAAAUACAGUAUGGCAACAUAUGCACUAAAUGUAGGCUACAGUGAAUAUAUAUUUAUACCAUGAAUUAAUCUGCCAUUUCCUUAUUUUCUGCAGGAGGAGUUUGAUAACUUUUCCUCCAUGUACUACAAUCAAAUAGAUGUCUUCAUCCUUUGCUUCAGUGUUGUCAACCCAAUGUCUUUCCACAAUAUCACUUCAAAAUGGAUCCCCCAGCUCCGCACCUACAAUUCUGCUUCACCCAUAAUUCUAGUGGGGACCCAGUCGGACCUCCGACAUGAUGUUAGCAUCCUUAUCCAUCUGGACCAGCUGAGGGUCAAGCCAGUGGUGAACUCCCAGGCCAGGCGGCUGGCAGAGAAGAUCAGAGCCCAUGACUAUGUGGAGUGUUCCGCGCUGACCCAGAAGAACCUCAAAGAAGCGUUUGACUCUGCUAUCUUUGCUGCCAUCAAGCACAAGGCCUGUCAGAAAGCAAAGAAGCUCAAACUAUUUGAUCGUGCAAAGACUUUCUCUAGCGGCAGGUGGAAGAAAUUAUUCUGCUUCAUGUGA